CCACCACCACCACCACCACCACCACUCCCACCACUACACCCGACGGCCAACCAGCCUUUUGCUGUCCGAGUUUGAUUCCUACCCGCAGCUCGCACCAACCCUCGAAUGCUUGCAUCCUCGACGACGACGAAGCACGCUUGACGGUGCCGACAGCGCCUGCUCUAUCCCGCCGUGGGCUUUGUGAAUUCUGGUCCGGCUGAUUUUUUCCCCAUUGCUGCCGCCGCCGGGCUGGUUGGGCCCUGUCGUGUGUGGGCGCGUUCGGUGCGACCACCUGAUCCAUGACUGCAGACCUCCAGCUCUGCCAACAACCCCAUCCCGCCGUCCUUGAUCCGGCCGACGUGCGAUUCCAUUCCAUUCUGCCAACCUGGCCGUCCUUCACGCGUUCCGCUGUCGCUGUCGACUGAGCCCUGCGACCCCGAAACCCCGAAACAAGGCUUGCCCGAAAAAAUAUGCGUCUGCGCGCGACCGCAGCCCCGUGAUCGGCGAUCCUCCCCUGUGCUCGACGCGAUUCUCCCACCGAGCUACCGAGACCGACCAUCCCCAGCUGAGAUUGCCGCGCCGCGCCACUUGAGCAGCGGCAACACGGUCCGGUCGGGCGCUGGCGAGAAAUCCACUCGACGAGGCAAUCGACCGCUGUGCACGAGACACCGCCUCUGUCCCGUCUGCAAACCAUCGCAGCUGCCGCUCCCGACCGCCUGCCAUGGACCCGAUUCCUGGUGAUUCUACAGUCGACCUGACCGCCGCCAUGUCAACAUCUCCCAAGAGACAACGAAAGACCGCGACUGCACUACCACUCGCGCCGGCCACCCAGCCGGGACCGCCCCAAACCUCAGAUCCCUCUCAGCAGCACGCGACCCAGCAGUUUGCGCCGCAGCCCCAGACGCAGCAGUUGCAGCAAUCGCAACAACAGAUGACACAGAUGCAGCCCCGGACCGAGCUCCCACAGCACACGCCCAGCGAUGUCCACUUUGGCUCUGAAUCCCCCGUGCCCGGCACGUCUGGCUUCUAUCCCAACCCAUACAGGGAUGGCCGUGUUAGGAAUCCGGUGCCGAGUAACCUGCGCGGGAGGGCGGACCCCCAUGGAGGCAGCUUUGGUGUCAUGCACAUCGAUAUCAACACGGCUGAGGCAAAGGCCAGGGACGAAAUCGCCAAGCGAACCAGCGAACGAACCGAGCGAGCGGCCAAGAUGGCCCAGCAAGCGGGAUAUAUACCGCUCUCCCGCAGGCGCUUCCCCCAUCUCCCCACGAGCCCGACUGUAGCGAAUAGCCCCCGGACCGCCAUUUUGGAUCCUAACCAGACCAAGGAAGAACAGGCUCGCCUGUUGACGCUUCUCCGGAGUCUCAACCCCGUCUCUGUCGUCGAUCAGAUCUGUAAGGCACUGGCCUACUUUGGGGGGAUCCCGGGGGCCCCUGCGCCUCCGGACGGUAACUUUCCCGAAAGCGCCGACAGGAACGGCUCCGGUCGCCUGUUCGUCGGAUGGAUCUCCGAGAUAUUCCCACAUAUCGAAAACGCACCAUCCUCAGCCAUUAGUCCAGCAAAAUCCUAUGCGCAGCUCAAUGAAGGGACGGCCGAUGCCACAGCCCCUGAGACCAAGGAGUCGGUGAAGCGACCGAGAGGUAGGCCUAAAGGGAGCAAGGCCACCAAGGCGCGGAAGGACAAGGGAAUCAAAAAGGGCAUGAACAAGGCUAAGGGCCUGGCUGCUGCAGGUGCCUCUUCAGGCGCCGGGGAGCAGAAUCCCGGCGAUGUAGACGGAAGCUGGGUUGACAUGGACGAAAGCACCAUGGACGCGACAGCAGCAGCUGGGUCCAUGUCGCAGGAUAUUUCACUGCCCCUAGGUGAACAUCCCCCAUACGUUCCGAAAAAGAGGGGGCGACCAAAGGGGUCCAAGAACCGGCCCAAGGAGCCCGCUCCCGAAGGCGCGGAGCAGGCAGGAGGCGAGUGGGGCUCUCAGACCCCUGCGCCGAAGACGAAAUCCAAGGGGAAAAAGAGCAAAGCGGCGGCAGCAGCGGCGGCGGCGCAGACCGACGGCGGGCCUCAGCCUGGAAUUAACGGUAGUGGCCAGGACGAGUCGGCGCCAUCCGGUGUCGAGUUCGCCCUGGCGGCGCUGCAGUCGUACAACGAUACCAGCAGCAUGCCUGGUGAACAGUCUACAUCAUUCACACCUGCGAAUCUUGCACCACCACCGCAGCCCACCGCAGCAAGCGCAACACCGGCAACCAAACGGAAGCGCAACGUGGCCAAGGCCACGACGGACGGGACUCAAGAUCUACAACCUGGCUCGAACCCAGGGCGAACCCAACGAUCUCCUCUCCCUAACGGCUAUGCGCAGCCGGGCUCUGGGACUGCGCCGGUUCUGGCCCAGCCACCGGCGAAACGUCAGCGUAAGACCAAGGAGCCCGCAAGCAUACCCGAGCCGACAGUUGCCGCCCAUGCUUCAGCAAACGAUGCCACGUCCGAAGCAAGCGAUGGCCAUUUUGAUAGGGAGACCUUUGAAGCUCUUCAGUCGCAGCUAGAACAGGAAACGGAAACCGUGCGGAGGCAAGAGGAAACUCAGAUACAGUCAAUGCUUCCACAGCUGCGGGCACAAGGCCAGCAGCAGAGCAGUCAGCUGCAGGGUAUGGCUGGUCGUCAACAAGAUCAGCGGCAGCAACAGCAGCAGUCGGCCUCACCCCACCCCCAGCAGCAGCAGCAGCACCAACCGCCGCCAUCACAACAACAGCAGCAGCAUAUGGCCUCGGCACAAAUGUCGGGAUCCGUUCAAGCCCCCCAACAGCAACGGCAGCCCUCGCGUAAUACUUCACAGUCGUACUUCACCCAGGUCGGCAACGGCUCGGCCUCCUACGGCCAACACUCGCCGCAAACGCAACAGCAGCAGCAGCAGCAGCAGCAGCAGCAGCAGCAGCAGCAACAGCAGCAACAACAGCAACAACAACCACAGCAGCAGCAGCAGCCGUCUCAGACACAACAACAGCCGCAAACUCAACAACACACGGCACAGUUUCCCGCUCAGCAAACGCAGCAGCAUGCGACACAGUUCCCUUCCCAGCAAACUCACCAACACUAUUCCGCCACGCCUCCACAGCAGCAGGUCCAGCAAACACAGCCGCAGUCGCAGCAGCAGCAGCAGCCAAAGUAUUCGACGAGCUAUCAGCCUCAAGCAUCGUAUCCUGUGGCUCAAACACAGCAGCCGCAGCAGCAGCAGCCGCCGCAGCAGCAGCAACAGCAGCAGUAUCCAGCUUCGCAACAGCGCCAUCAGCAGCAGGUUGUUGCGACCAACUCCCCUGUGCUGGUGACUCAGGCCUCGGCAAGCGAUAGCGGCUAUAGGACAGCCAACAACGCAACCAUGGGGUACAGCGCCCAGUUCAACUCACAGCAGCGGACUCAGGCAUCAGCUUCCCCAUCCAUCAACGCAUACACGCCGACCAGAACGCCCUCCUUUGGUGCCACAGCCGCCCGCCAGCAGCAACAACCCCAGACGCAACAGAGCCAGGGAAGCGUGACAGCCAGCAUGCAGCCAUUCCAUAGUUUCGAUGCCGGCAGUGCGGCAUUGUUUGAGAACAUGGGCCUAGACGGCUCGGGCCACGCCUCGCUUGGACUCGGCGCGCCUUCGUACAACAUGAGCGGCGGUGUGGCGCGGUCAUCGGCCGGCACCGCCGGUUUUGGGCCAGCCUUCGACUCGCUUCAGGGGAACAACUUGCGGGAUAGAUACUAUGGCGGCGGGGUGCGCCGUUAGUCUCGAUAGCGACCCCUCGCGGGGCUUUGCUUUGGCAAGCUAUCUCUCCCUCUCAUAUGCUCUCCUCUAGAGUUGCGGGCGGGUCUUGAUUCUAGCGGUUUGAAGCUUUAUUUGAAAUCUCUUUAUUUCUUUGGCCAGCAUCAUUUUCUACGAGCAAACUUGGGAAUCUUUCGAAGCGGGAAGUGCAACGGCGAUCGGGCUGGUGCGGCAGGGUGUAUGGGAUGGGACCCCCAAGAGCCCGGCGUAAACACGGUAUAUUUCUCGUCGAGGUCUUUGGAAUCAUUACUUCCUUCCUGCCCAUUCUUUCGGCCCCCCC